AUGUCGCUCUUCAGGGGAACUUCGAGGUCUUUCGUUAGAGUUGCUGCUCGCAGAACAGUGCCACUAUGUGGUUCGAGGCGAGCUGCAUCGUCUACGACCGCAGAGUCCCAGCAGAAGCUGCUCUCCGCGGACCUUGAACAUGCCGACCCAGCUAUCUACGAUAUCCUCCAGAAAGAGAAAAAAAGGCAGAAGCACUUCAUCAACCUCAUUCCCUCCGAGAACUUCACCUCGCAGGCAGUGCUGGAUGCUCUAGGAAGUGUUAUGCAAAACAAAUACUCGGAGGGAUACCCAGGCGCAAGAUAUUAUGGCGGAAACGAAUUUAUCGACCAGGCAGAGCUUCUAUGCCAAUCGCGUGCCUUGCAGACGUUUGGAGUUAAGGAUUCAGAAUGGGGUGUUAACGUUCAACCUCUGUCCGGAUCUCCUGCGAACCUCUACACAUACUCCGCUCUCCUCAACACACAUGACCGGAUAAUGGGCUUGGACUUACCGCACGGCGGACAUCUCUCUCAUGGAUACCAAACCCCUACCAAGAAGAUCUCAGCCAUUUCUAAAUACUUCGAAACCGUCCCCUACCGUCUGGACGAAUCCACAGGUCUCAUUGACUACACCAAGUUGGAGGAACUAGCCACCCUAUACAGACCGAAGAUUAUCAUCGCUGGUACAUCUGCAUACAGUAGACUUAUUGAGUAUGACCGUAUGCGGGAUAUUGCCGACAAGGUUGGCGCAUACUUAUUGGCCGAUAUGGCCCAUAUCUCAGGUCUGGUAGCAGCCAAGGUCGUCCCAUCUCCGUUCGAAUACGCUGAUGUCGUUACAACAACCACCCACAAGUCCCUCCGCGGCCCCAGGGGUGCAAUGAUCUUCUUCAGAAGAGGAGUGCGACGGGUCAAUCCUAAGACCAAGGCACAAGAGAUGUGGAAUCUGGAGGACCCAAUUAAUGCUUCCGUAUUUCCGGGACAUCAAGGUGGGCCUCACAAUCAUACUAUUACAGCGCUGGCAGUAGCUCUCAAACAAGCCCAAAGCCCCGAAUUUAGAGCCUACCAGGAAACCGUCCUCCGUAACGCUCAAGCAUUUGCCAAGCGCCUCGGCGAUUCUAAAGACAAGGGCGGACUCGGCUACUCUAUUGUCUCAGGUGGUACCGACAACCACCUAGUGCUCGUAGACCUCAAGCCUCAAGGCAUAGACGGCGCGCGCGUCGAGCGAGUGCUUGAGCUCGUCGGCGUCGCCUCUAACAAGAACACUGUACCAGGUGACGUCUCCGCGCUCAAGCCGGGUGGCCUCCGUAUGGGCACGCCCGCAAUGACAACACGGGGGUUCCAGCCUGAGGAUUUCGUGAGGGUGGCAGAUGUGGUUAAUAGAGCUGUGACGAUCACGCAGCGGUUGGCCAAGACGGCAAAGGAGGCGGCGGAAGCCAAAGGGAGGAAGAAUCCCGGGAGUGCGAAGGCCUUUUUGGAGUAUCUUGGUGAGGGGGAGAACGAGAGAGAGAUUGUUCAGUUACGGAGCGAGGUUGAGGAGUGGGUUGCGACCUUCUCGUUACCGUGGGAGAGCGAUAGCUUUGUUGACAUUGCCAUGAUGUUUUCCGAGUCCUGGCGCAACUCACGCGGGCGACAUGGUGCCCUCAAGACCCGCGCGCGUCAACAGCCUACCUAG